CUGUAGGGACUGUGAGCAGGCGGAAGGCCGCUCACAGCAUGUCGUGCGUAGGCACAGCGUGUGGUGUGGGGCCGCCAGCUCUUCUGACCCCGCUGUCGCCCACAGGCCGAGCAGAGGCGUGGCAACAUCGAGGAAAGGCUGCGCCAGAUGGAGGCCCAGCUGGAGGAAAAGAACCAAGAACUGCAGCGGGUAAGGCAGAGAGAAAAAAUGAAUGAAGAGACUAAUAAAUGUCUGUCGGGCACUAUUGACCAGCUCCUUUCCGAAUCUGACGAGCGUCUUCAGCGUCAUCUUAAGGAGAGAAUGGCUGCUGUGGAAGAUAAGGUAGGACAUGAGAGACAGCGGCUGAGUGCCCCCGUCCUCACAGAGGAGACGCUCACGUUGUGAUCCUGAGGAGCAGCGUGGAGCAGAGGCUAA